UGGAGGACGGAGGGAGCCGACUUUCUAGCUGAAUCAUUCCAACUCCCAGGACACCUGCUGCUGUUGAUGUGCUCUAAAGAAGGAGUCAACGCACUCGGGCUCGGCUGCUCCCUCCUUCCACGCCAGGACUCACUUCUCACCAUGAAGCUGUUUUUUCUUCUUUUUCUCCUUCUUAUAUGUCUUUCUCAGAAAGUAUUAGGGAACAAAAGAAAUGAGAGAUUCCAACAAUGUGAGAGAAUGGGUGGCCAUUGCAAGAGUCAGAAAACGCAUGGAUGCUCCAUCCUGCCGGCUGAAUGCAAAAGUCGGUACAAACACUGCUGCAGGGUGUAACAGCAGCUCAAUGACAUGCGCAGUUCAGCCUAAGUGUCGGCACCUGCUCUGAUUUCCGUAUAAUAAAGACAUCAUGAAACAUAU